GUGAAUUGGAUCCCCACCUGUUCCUUGCAGCCUGAUCCCACUGGAAUGCGUCGUGCUCAGCCUCAAGCACCACCAGACAAACGAGAUGCCUGACACGUUCCUGCCGCAGCCAAUGAGAAUCCAGCCCCGGCUGUGGCGCAGCCGCUCGCGCGAGGGGGCAGCAAUCGUCAUCAGCUCAGCUCCUGCUCUUGCUCACGCCGCGAGCCCGACGCUUCGGUAUUUGACUCCCUCCGCUCACCUCCUUGCUUCCAGUCCUCGCAGCACAUCUCUGCAACACUCUACCACAUCUUCAACAGUUGAACUCGCAGAAAACAACAUAAACCAUGGGUCUCGCAUCAAAGUUGGCUGCAGCAGGACCGCCAGGAGGCUACCCUCCCCAAGGCCAGCAGGGCGGCUAUCCUGGGCAGCAGCAGCCAUCAUACCAGGCGUACCCGGGUAGCCCACCUGGUGCCGGCGCUCCGGUAAGUAAGCAAAGAAUCUUCUGCUUCCGCUCCCUCGCUUGCUCUGCAUCGUCAUCACCCACGAACACCUCGCCACUUUGGACCCCGGCGCAAACAUCCUUUCACCGCAACGCCU